AUGUUUUCCUGCCGUGCAGCAGCGGAUCUGUGGCUGAGGAGCCGAGCGCAGCCCUGGCGCGUCCCCGCGGCUCUUGGCCGGGGCCCAGGGCUCCGCGCUGCCAGGACUCGCCUUUCCCCUCCCUGCGGAAAGGGAAAAAAAAUCAGCCGAUCCCUGGAUCUCCGGCUCUUUGGAUCCCUGAGCCACAAGAGGGGAGGGCAGAGGCAGCUUCGGGGGCUCCUUCGGCUUCACAAACCCCCGACCCUGACCACGCAGGACGGGGAACCCGCUCCCCUUUCCCACGCUUCCAUCACCCCAUCAGUUUGCAUUCCCGACACGCAGCUCCGUGGGAAUGUGGGGCAGCCCCCGCAGCGCCCCCCCACCCCACCCGAGGGGGGACACGGCGGCCGCGGGCUGGGGGGGCAGUUGGCGCCUGUGCCAGCCCAUGUGAGCGGGUGCUCCCCACCUCCUCCUCCUCCUCCUCUCCGGGUGCAGGGAGCCCCGCUCCAUCGCAGGGAGCUGCUGGGGCGUCACGUGGCGCUGGCAUGUGAGCCCUGCUCCAUUUUUAGCCCCAGCAGCCUCCCCGCGCGGCGGCCCCGCUGCAGAGCCAUGUGCGGGCGGCCGCCGGACCGCACGUGGGGCUGCCGCAGCGCCGAGGGGCUGCGGGACCCCUGCGCCCGCCUGGACACGCGUGGGCGAGCCUGGCCGGCCCUGCGCACCAGCACGGACACGCGUGUGCAUGAUCACGGCUGAACCUGUGCUGGAGCGUGGCCACGCGUGUGUUCGACCACGGCCAGAUGUAUGUUCAAGGGUGGCCUGACCUGUGCUGGAGUGCAGACGUGCAUGUGCAGCAGCACGGAAAAACCUACACUCGAGGUGGGACACGCGUGUGCUCAACUGUGGCCUGAGCUAUGUUGGAGUAUGGCCACGCGUGUGGUGGAGCACGGAAGAGAACACACGCGUGUCCGACGGGCUUGGUGUGACACGGAGCGUCCCCUGCACACCACACUGCUGUGGGGGUGGCGGCAUCGCCAGCGUGGCUCGGCCAGCAUGGCGGAGGGGACUGAACCCCCCGACCCCACGGGCAAUGCAGCUGCAGAGGCACGUCCCCCACGUGUCCCCUGCGCGGCCCCGGCACGUGCCUUGCGUGUCCCCUGUGUGUCCCCAGUGCCGCGGCCCCGUGUGCUACGGUCUCUGUGUGUGUGUGUGUGUGUGUGUGUUUAUCCAGCGGGCGGGGGGGGAAGUGCUGUGUGCGUGCGUGCGUGUGUGCAGGGGCUGCAGUGCGGGGCGGUGUGUGUGCAGGGGCUGCAGUGCCUGCAGGGUGCGGGGUGCCCGCAGCGGGGGCUGCAGUCGCUCACUGCGGGGGGGCUGUGUAUGCGCGUGCAUGUGUGUACAUAGAAACGCGAGUGUGCGCUGGGGCUGCAGUCUCUGUCGGGGAGUGUGUGUGUACACGCACUUUCACAUGUAAAGAAGGAACUGCAGGGCUGUGUGCAUGUGUGUGCGUGUGCACGGGGGGGGCUGCAGACCCCGUGGACAGGGGGUGCUCGGGGGGGGG